GCCGCGCGGCGCAGCGCCUCGGCCCGCCCUCCAAGGAUGGCAGUGCGGAAGCGGAAGAGGCUGCCGAGCCGGGAAACCUCGCUCGGGUCUGGCCGGUUCCCGGGAUCCGGCUUGUCGCCGCAAUGCCGAGCCCCCGGAGGAACGUCGAGGGACGGCCGCUGGGCGCCUCGGCCGCGAACUGCAGCAGCAGCGUCCCGGGCAGCCCGGCCCACGGCGGCGGCGGCGGCAGGUUCGAGUUCCAGGCGCUGCUGAGCGGCCGCACGGGCGCCGACCCCGCCUGCGCCCGGCUGCGCGCGUCCGAGAGCCCAGUGCACCGGCGCGGCUCCUUCCCGCUGGCCGCCGCGGGCCCUGCGCCGGCGCCCCCGGCCCCGCCGCCCGAGGACGACCGCAUGACCCUGAACCCGUCCUUCCUGGCCAUAGCCCUGCGCUCCCUGCUGGCCAUCGACCUGUGGCUGUCCAAGAAGCUGGGGGUGUGUGCGGGCGAGAGCUCGUCCUGGGGCAGCGCGCGGCCCCUGAUGAAGCUGCUGGAGAUCUCGGGCCACGGCGUCCCCUGGCUGCUGGGCACCCUCUACUGCCUGUCCAGGAGCGACAGCUGGGCCGGGCGCGAGGUGCUCAUGAACCUGCUCUUCGCCCUGCUCUUGGACCUGCUGCUGGUGGCCGCGAUGAAAGGGCUGGUCCGCAGGCGCCGACCGGCGCACAAUCAGAUGGACAUGUUUUUCACCCUGUCGGUGGACAAGUACUCCUUCCCUUCAGGCCAUACCACAAGGGCCGCCUUGGUGUCCCGGUUCAUCCUCAACCACCUGGUACUGGCCAUUCCACUGAGGGUGCUGGUGGUCCUGUGGGCCUUCAUCUUGGGUCUCUCCAGGGUCAUGCUUGGGCGGCACAAUGUCACUGAUGUAGCGUUUGGCUUUUUUGUGGGCUACAUGCAGUACAGCAUCGUGGACUAUUUCUGGCUCUCACCCCACAAUGCUCCGUUCCUCUUUGUACUGUGGAAUCAACAGUGACACCAUCUCAUUGAUUAUUGCAGCCAAGGAGGUCUGAAGGUUUCCACAUGUGAAGGUGUCGGCCUAAAAGCAGCACCAUUCCCACUUGCCCCUCAAACACUUCAGGCUUCCUUUUGGAUUUCUGGGGUCCCACCGUCUUGAUGUGUUUGCUAGGUCAGAGCACCGGGGCUGGCCACUGCGGAACACGGCCAUAUUAGGGAAAGAAAAAUAUCCUUCUAUUGUAUAUGUAUUCAACUACUGUUUAUGUCUCCAGAACAACUGCAGGGAAACCAAGUUCAGCGGUUAUAUGGUUGCUGUUUUUCCUUAAGUUGUCGACAUAUUCGUAUUAUGUAGCAAUCCCAUAAGUCGACAUAUCACUUGUAAAUUGAAUUUUAAGAAACACAAUCUUCAGUCAUAAAUAUACAUCUAGAUUAGACACAUAUCAAUCCUAGUCCUUUUCCUGAGGUAGACUUUAAGCAGUAUUUCAAAAGUUUAAGAUAGGUGUUUUUCUAGCUAAUUCUCUGAAGAUCUGAUGUCACAGUUGGGGUUAUUUCAGCUUACCCCUGAUUUUCUUGGUAAAGUUAAACAAAAACAAUUCAUCUCUUCCAUCUACGUGGAUUGAGAACUGAGAAGAGAUGGUGGUACUUUGCUUUCCUCUCUGUGUACUCCUCAAAAGGUCUAGAUAGAUAGUCACUUUCCACUAGUCUCUAAUAGUAUCUUUUAGCAUUCAGAAAACCCACUUAGGAAACACUCAAAAAGUGGGCAUGUCUAAGAUUCUCACAGAAAAGUAAGUAUGAGACUAAUGCUUCCCUCUGUAAUUCUGUUGUUAACCUAUAGCAUGGCAUGCCAGAGGGCCCAGGAGCUAAGUUGCUGGGGAACAUCAGGAGUAGGCUGAUCACUGACCGCAUGUGAGAUCAAUGACCAAUGUGUGGCAGGAGACACAGUCCUGCUCCCCAUCAUCUCUAUGAACAGAGAAUAAUGGUCAUCCAUCCAGUAAUAAAAUGGGAAAAGAACAUGAUCCUUUUCAGUCCAACUGCUUAACUUUCUCAUGUAUACAAGGAUGAUCCUGUCUACAUUUUCAGAUGGAAUUCCAUUUCCUGGAAUUUUAAAAUAAACUGUAUUUAAGUUGAAAUUCUCCAGGGGAGCCUCCUGCUAUGAGCACAAGGUAUAACUCCUAAAUUUCUGUUUACAUUGAUCUUUGCAUUGAAAGCUGUUCAUCCAUGGUGCCUCCCCAGAUCACAGGACCAAAGACCACCAACUGCAUGGUGGACUCUGCUUACUGUUAUUUGACCUGGAAAGGCCAAAGAGGGAUAUAUGUGCUUUAAAUGCUGCUCUAUCAGAAAAGAAGACCUUGAAAUUACUUGAGAACAUCUUAAUGACCAAUUGUUUGUGGCAUUGCCAAAUAGGACUGUGGACUUCGAUCUGGCAUAAAGGAGUGUGGCUAGGAACCAGGAGAAUGGCUGUGAUAAGUAUGUUCUGACAGAGGGGAGCAUGAACUUCACGCAUGAGGGGUACACUAAAAGAGGAACAGCUACUCCUCUAAGUAGUCAUUUGCAUUCCCACAGCAGCCUGAGCAUUGACCACCCCUUCGCUAGCAGAGUCAGUCAAUCUGUGAGGCUCUCGGUGCUUUGGGUUUGUUGUUUAGCCAUACAGAGAUCCUUCAUUUUAAUCUCAGCAACAUUCAGGCCAGACACAUGAAAACAAUGGUAUUUUUCUCUUGCAAUGUACACAAGUCUGAAUAUUAGGGACUCGCCUUUUGUUUUGCAGUUAUACUUCUGAAAUUCCCUGAUUUAAUCUCCGAGGCCUGAGUUUUCUGGCUUUAAAGCACAGAUCAAUUUGUCUGGCUUUCUGGAUCAUCCUAAGUACUGUAGAAUAGAAACUGAUUCCCUUGUUAAUUGUAUAUUAGGAAUGCCUUUUUAAAGUCAAAAUAAAAUUAACCAAUAAUGCUGAA